CCAGCAGAGAGGCGCACGCAAGAACAUUUUUCACACUGACACUGCUCCCUGGAGUCUCAGACUAACCAGGUCCGGCAAAAUAUGGAGAGAGAGAGAGGCUUGUCCCCCUCCGCUGAAACUGACAAGGAGAGUUUUGCAAUUGACAAGUGAUGAAACUGACCAGUUGCUACCCCAACUCCCUCCCCUCACUGCCGCAUCAGAUCUACUCCCCGGCUUUGUUUUAAACGAGCUGCCUUUCUUUUCCACCCCAGACGGAGCUCUGCAGGGCAAGCUGGCAAUUGCAUUCCAUGAAGAGGGAAGAGGCAUCUAUCUGCAACCAAGGCACCCAAAUACCCCUGAAAAUCUGGGUUACAUUUUCAGAAACACCCAAGAGACCCAUCCUCAGAAGUGACCCAGGAGCCCACAUCUCAUUGAAAGUCACUGCAACAGGGUCAUCAAAGGAUCCAACUGCUUUAUAGAACAGUGUUACAUACUCUGCAUAUACAUUUUAUGUACAAACGUGUGUAGUGUUUUAGAUAAACGGUUCAGAUGUCUGUUCUUGGCCCUGAUCCUACUUCUCAUAGCAGUAAAGUUAAGUGAUUAAUUCUUCUGUGCCUACUAUGCUUUCCCUUGCAAAGCAGCAAGUUAGAGAAGUUGAAAGAGAUUCAGUUACAUGCAAUUACUGUAAUAGUAUAGGAGGAAAGAUUGUAAAAUACAGCUAAAUACAAUACCUCUGCUAGCUCCUGAGUGACAUCCUGUGGUGCAGUUGCUGCAUGACCCAUUCAUUUGUACCAUUUAUUUGGGGCCUAAUCCUGCAAGCACUUGAGUGGUAACUUGACUCCCUCGAAUUGUCUCAUUCACUUAAGCUGCUGGGUGCUCAGCAUUUGGAAAAUCAGACUGUUUACUCAGGUGCCUAAAUGAGUAUUAGGUACCUAACUUUAGGCUCCUAUUUUGUCCUCUGUUUUAUGCCAUUCACAGACUGCUCAGUUUCCAAAAAUUAUUGGCACCCACAUUCCAUAGUGACCAGCACCAUAAAUAUGCAGAACCUCACACAGUAUGUUAUAUUUCAACAGGCUUUAUGCAUACGCUGAGGAGCAGAAGCUGAAAGGGAGAGAUGCUAACUGAUCCGCCAACCACAGCAGACACAUACUAAGGCAACUCAACAUUCUGCCCUUUGAAGGAUUUUUCUUUCCUUUUUGUUGGCAAAGAUGAGGAAAAAAUGGAGAUUGGAGGACUUUCGAUUUAUCUUUUCCUGUGUGCUCUGGCUCCUUUUCAUAGAUGGAAGUAAAUCGGAACAAAUAAAACAUUCAGAGACAUACUGUGUCUUUCAAGAUAAGAAGUACCGUGUAGGAGAAAGAUGGCAUCCCUACCUAGAACCCUAUGGACUCGUUUAUUGUGUUAACUGUCUUUGCUCAGAGAAUGGGAACGUAUUAUGCAGCAGAAUAAGAUGUCCAAGCCUACACUGCCCUACCCCAGUGCAUGUGCCACAGCUGUGCUGCCCACGAUGCCCAGAGGAUUCACUUUUCUCCAUAAGCAGUAAAGUCACUGGGAAAUCUUGUGAAUACAAUGGCACCACCUACCACCACGGGGAAAUGUUUGUGGCAGAAGGGCUUUUUCAGAAUAGACAACCCAACCAGUGUGCUCAGUGCAGCUGCUCAGAAGGGAACGUGUAUUGUGGCCUGAAGACUUGCCCUAAAUUAACAUGCUCUUUCCCAGUUUCUGUUCCGGAGUCCUGCUGCCCAGUUUGCAGAGGAGAUGGAGAAUUAUCAUGGGAACAUUCUGAUGGGGAUAUCUUCCGGCAACCUGCCAACAGAGAAGCCAGGCAUUCAUACCAUCGCUCCCAUUACGACCUGUCCCCCAGCUCCACUAGACAGGUGGUCAACAUUCCAAGAUUUUCCAGUGGCAGGAGUAACCGUGGAGUCCUACCUGACCCCCAGCAAGCUUCAGGAACUAUAGUACAGAUCGUCAUUAACAACAAGCAUAAGCACGGACGAGUCUGUGUUUCAAAUGGAAAAACAUACUCACAUGGUGAAUCAUGGCAUCCUAAUCUCCGGGCCUUUGGAAUCGUAGAAUGUGUGUUGUGUACCUGCAACAUCACCAAACAAGAAUGUAAGAAAAUUCAUUGUCCGGAUCAAUAUCCCUGCAAAUCCCCUCAGAAAAUAGAAGGAAAAUGCUGUAAAGUCUGUCCAGAAGAGAUGACAAGUCAGAGCUUUGACAGCAAAGAUUACUUUUGUGGUGAAGAGAUGCUUCCUGUCUAUGAAUCUGUUUUCACGGAGGAAGGAGAAACCAUUAGAAAAAUCGCAGUGGAAACAGAAAAGCCACCUCAAAUAGAAAUACACGUGUGGACAAUUAGGAAAGGGAUUCUACGUCACUUCCACACUGAGACGAUAUCCAAAAGCGAAUUUGAACAACUUCCCUACUUCAGGCAGAUAACAAGGACAACACUGAGCCAGUGGAAAAUAUUUAGCGAGGGAGAAGCUCAGAUCAGCCAAAUGUGUGAAAGCAGAGUGUGCAGGACUGAGCUGGAGGAUUUGGUAAAGGUUUUGUACCUUGAAAAGUCUGAAAAGGGUCACUGUUAAGGGAGACAGCACUGGAGGGAGAAAACAAGAAAACUUAUGAAAACGUGGAUCUGCAGCUGGACUGCAGGCUUAUUUUGCUUAAGUCAACAGUUGCCCUAAAAACCAAAACUAUAAUGCAGUAAUUAUUCACAUCAUGCACAGCAAACUUGCUGCUUUAUGUGUAGUGGUUUGUGUCAACCAUUUAAAUAUCUCCUAGGAGGCUCUGUAUUGGUGGGGGGGGAGGGGAAAGGGAGACUGUAGUUCCUUGUAAAGUUGCAAAGUUAAAAAAGAAAACAGAAUUAAAAAAAAAUACUUGGCAUGUUAUUCAAACUAAUGAAAUGAAGGACACCUAAUAACUGUGCAGGAGCUAUGGAGAGCAUUAUUUCCUGUGCUGAGUUUAUACCACUUCUGGUGUCGAAAUGACUCAUGUUUUUCUAAGGGGGGGGGGGAGAAUACAAGCGAUACAGUACUUGUGUUUGAGCCAUAAAAUCCAGAUUUAAAUGAAAACUCCCAACGAGUCUACUGCUUUUGGGAUGAUGUCUUGCAGUUGAACAAACUCUGAGUAAAUAAACAAACCAGAAGGUGUUAGUGGGAAUUACUGCAUUUAUGUAGCAAUUUGAGAAAACGUUCAACUUUUAAGUGGUUUUCACUUGGUUUCCAUUAUCCACUUCUCUACAUGAAAUAUCAGCUCCCUCAUGCUGCCCCAAUACUGCAUUCUCGUGGGCCCUGUUAACACAUAGCCUCGGUCAAUAAACUCCCUUUACAAAGUAACAUAGCAGGAGAAUGCAAAAUACUUGAAUCAUUUAUGAAAAUUCCUAUAGGGUUAAACCCACAGUGAUUAAUAACUCAUUAAAUGUCUUGUGAUAUCACUUAAUUUAUUAAUGGUAAUUGUCGCAAUAAGAGUGUUCUGCGUGGUUCUAAUUGGUGGCCUCUCAAGUCCCAGCAAACUAAUAAGCAUAACUUCAAGGACAACUUUCUCCAAUGGCAAACUAAUGAGCACUUAUAUCUAGCCACUAAGUUAGUGCAGCAUCAGCAGGACCAUUAUCUUCAUGCAAAAAGAAAUCUAAGGCACUCAGUGUGAUUUGCAGUUCACAGGUGAACGAUAGUGUCUGUCCAGUGUCUGCCUUCAGAAAAGAGUUCUGUUCUGAUAUACAAGGCCAUUACUUUGAAAACAUGGCUUUCUCUGAGGAAAUCCUGCCACACCAGCUCAUGGACACCAUCUUAGAUUCACUCCUGAGGUGCAAGUUGAUUGUGGCUGCUUUCCCUCCAUUUUCUAUUUCAGAAGCAUACGGGAACAUUUCCUAUCGUGAUUGAACAGCAAUGAAGUUCUAAAAAAAGUGGCCUCAGGCCAGGCACUUGGUCCUCAAAGGGAGUGAAAUAAAUGGCGGUGGCCAGAAUUUGGAGGUCCCCAUGGGACUUUGCAAAACUUGUGCUCUCUGCUCCGCCCUGCAUUUCCAGUGAUGGUACUCUAGGUCUUCAUCAGGGGUAUGUGCAUCUUAACAAAGAGGUUAAGGGGUCUGGAUGUUCAGUGCUUAAUGCCAGUGGCCCAACUCAGGCUCCAGUAGAAGAAAUAUUAAACCUUUUAGUAGGGCCUUGUUCACAAUAGCGAUCUCUUUGCACCUCUCCCUGCUAGCAGCUGUGGUUGUAAGAGGCAACCCCCUUUCACUGCUUUCAGUGGCGCAGGAUCCAUCCCUGCCAGGGUUUCUUGCAAUAGCCUGGAGGAGUAUAUGGAAAGGGUAAUCGACUAAGAGCAAGGAGAGAAUGAGAGUGGAGAGAUGGGAAUGUGAUAGGGAAGAAGAGGGAGACUAAGAGGAUAAGGAUGAGAAGAAAACCCAGGAUUUCCUACACAGAAAAUCUUCAUGGUUCUGCCUGCAAAGAGCAAGCUAUCCGCCAUGCCAGGAUAGAGAACAGAUUUUUUAGUGCACUUCCUUCUCUGACAGUGCCCAAAGUGGCCUAAAAUACAUAACAAGAUAGUGUGCCAGAAGGGAGCUCCUUCAGCAGCCAGUUUGAUUGGCAAGAACAAAAGAAUCCUUGUGAUGGCAGUAAAAUCAUUUAGAAACCCGACAAGGCACUGACACCAAAAUAUAAAUACACGGUCCUAUAAAUGAUGCGAGGGCAGUUCUCAUAAGAGAGUAAGUUAACUCCAGUGUCCAUGCCAAAUUCAGCAAUGAGACUUCGCCUCUCUAAAUUCUUUUGUGUUUAAAAUGGGUGUCUUGUUCACCUCCUGUCCAAAAUUGUGGUGUAGUGCGCCUGUGCACUGUUAAACAGCUGUGUGUUCCACACCAGAAGUGGGUGCCAUGCAGUGUAGUUGUGGGAGCAGCCAUUUGUAACACACUUUGGGAUCCUUUGGGUUGGAAGGCACUGCAGAAAUGUAACAUUUAUUAUAAAUCCACUAAUAAUACAUGUAUUAACAUGAACAUACCUCUGAUGAAGACAUAGUGGAAGGCAUCCUGAGGCAUCAUAGUAUUCUGGUUGGCUGACAAACACGUGGCUAUGUUUGGCUCACCUCUUGGUACAGUAUGUUUGUAGCAGUAGCUGAUUGAACGAAGAUUAUGUGAAAAGUGUACAGUGUUUGUAUUGUUUUUUUGGAAGACAAACAGUCUUGUGUUUGUGACAGAACAAGUGGGGUUCAAAUUGUGUAUUUAUUUGUAUAAUAAACACUUAUGAAAAACAAAAAUAUAAGCACCAUUUAGUAAAUGAAGUUCUGCAUUUUUACAGUCUCUGGUCAUUUAAGACAAUAAAAUACACAAUAUCAUGUUUUUCACUGUCUUCACAGGA